CAAGAAACACCUGGGGGAACAAUCAGCACACAGACCAAUGAACAAAAUAACUUCUCAGGACUACAAAAAUAGGAUCAUGACACAUAUCCAUCAUAAAAAAUGUAUUAAAAAAUGAAUUAAUAAUUUUUUCUAGAUUUUACUUAAAAUUAAAUUUUGAAAAAAACUGUAAAAUCUUAAGCAAGGCACGCAGAUGUGACCCUCAACAUAAUUAAUAAUCAUAUGACUAAUGAAAAUAUUUCUGCGCACCUAUCCCAUAUGGGCGUACAAAAAUGCUCUGCAAGGAGUGUUCACAGAUUCUGCAAAGAACACAACGUGAAAAGCCGAGGCACGUUGAUGAUAGUGAUUUCAAUUUGGCAGUGCCCAGCGCAAUAAAUAAGAUAGUAACAUCUGAACUUUUGUCAUGAGCUCCAAAAACACAACAAGUCUCUCUGGAGAAACAGACACAAACACAAUGAACAGGAGAGAUUAUUUCUGGGCGUCAACAACAACAUAUCACAGAGCAAACAUUUCUCAUCCUCACAGUUCAGCCACUAACAAACCAAGAGCAGCACAUCAUAGGAAAAGGUAUCGCCCAUAUGAUACCCCAAAAAAAGAAUCUGCUGAACCCAGUUGUGUGUCAAUGAAGAGUGAUGGAUCAAUAGUUCACCCAGUUAACUUCAGUUCAGGAGACUCCGGUACAAAUGUGAGUAACGCAACAGAUGAUACAAAGACAUUCAAAGGGAAACACAUUGAUUCUGUUUUCCAGGAUCUUGAACACAAAGUCGUCUCUCUGAUGAAGAAAGAGCUAAAGAUCUUCAAAAGACUACUGAGCUCAGAUUACCCAGCAUGCUCUGAGAGAGAGGACGAGGAGGAGGAUGAAGAUCAGAUCAGAGUUAGAGAGGAGCUUCUGAAGAUCACACUGCAUGUCCUAAAGAAGAUGAACCAAACAAACCUCGCUGAUAAACUACAGACCAAACUUGCACAUUUGUGUGUGAAAAAACACAAAUCCAAACUAAAGGAGAAAUUCCAGAGAAUAAAUGAAGGAAUGUCAAGUCAAGGAAACUCUAGACUUGUGAAUGAGAUCUACACAGAGCUGUACAUCACAGAGGGAGGGAGUGAAGAACUUAAUAAUGAACACGAGGUGAGACAGAUUGAGACAACAUCCAGAAGAUCAGAGACACAAGACAUACCAAUCAAAUGUAAUGACAUCUUUAAAGCUUUACCUGGACAAGACAAACACAUCAGAACUGUGCUGACUAAAGGAGUUGCUGGAAUUGGAAAAACCGUAUCUGUACAGAAGUUCAUUCUGGACUGGAGUGAAGGAAAAGCAAAUCAGGAUCUUCACUUCAUAUUACCACUUCCUUUCAGAGAAUUGAAUCUGAUGAAGAACAGAAAUAUCAGUCUGAUGGAUCUUCUUCAUCAGUUCUUCAUAGAUACAAAAGAACUGAGAUCAAGAGACAUUGAUGUCUAUAAAGUUGUGUUUAUCUUCGAUGGUCUGGAUGAGUGUCGACUUCCUCUAGAUUUCUCAAACAAUCAGAGUUUGUUUGACGUAAGAGAAAUAGCUUCAGUGGAUGUGCUGUUGACAAACCUCAUUAAGGGGAAUCUGCUUCCUUCUGCUCUGAUCUGGAUAACAUCACGACCAGCAGCAGCCAAUCAGAUUCCUCCUGACUGUGUUCACCAGAUCACAGAUAUACGAGGAUUCAGUGAUCCUCAGAAAGAUGAGUAUUUCAUCAAGAGAAUAAAUGAUAAACGUUUGUCCAACAGAAUUAUCAGACACAUCAAAUCAUCCAGGAGUUUGUACAUCAUGUGUCAUAUACCAGUCUUCUGUUGGAUUACAGCCACUGUUCUAGAGAGAAUGUUGAGUAAAUCAGAGAGUCAAGCAGAGAGUGAUUCAGAGAGUAAAGCAGAGAUCCCCAAGACUCUCACUCAAAUGUUUACACACUUUCUGAUCUUUCAGACCAAACUGAAGAGUCAGAAGUAUGAUGAGAAAUGUGAGGUAGAUCUUCAACAGGUUAGAAAGAGUCUUCUGUCACUGGGAAAACUUGCUUUUCAACAGCUGGAGAAAGGGAAUCUGAUCUUCUAUGAGGAGGAUCUGAGAGAGUGUGACAUUGAUAUCAGAGAAGCUUCAGUGUACUCAGGAGUUUGUACUCAAAUCUUCAGAGAGGAGUUUGGACUGAACCUGGUGAAGGUUUACAGCUUUGUUCAUCUGAGCAUUCAGGAGUUUCUCGCUGCUUUAUUUGUCUUUCUUACAUUUUCUCCAAAAACAUCAGGAUCAACUAUGAGUGAUUUACUGAAGAGUGAAGUGGACAAAGCCUUACAGAGUGAGAACGGACACCUGGACCUUUACCUUCGAUUCCUUCUGGGUCUCUCGCUGGAGUCCAAUCAGAUGAUCUUACGAGAUCUACUGACAGAGAUAGGAAGAAGAUCUAACAACAGACAGGAAAUAGUUGAGUACACUAAGAUGAAGAUCAGAGAGAAUCAAUCUCCAGAGAAAUCCAUCAAUCUGUUUCACUGUCUGAAUGAACUAAAUGAUCAAACUCUAGUGAACGAGGUACAAACAUAUCUUAGCAAAAGACAGCUGUGGUGUCUCUUUGGAGUAAGUCUCUCUCCCUCUCAGUGGUCGGCUGUGGUGUUUGUGUUACUGAACUCAGAUCAGAAGCUGGAUAAGUUUGAACUGAAUAAAUAUGAUCGAUCAGAUGAAUGUCUUCAGAGGCUGCUGCCAGUGAUCAAAGCAUCCAGAAAAGCUCAUCUGAUGAGCUGUAAUCUGACAGAGAAAAGUUGUUCAUCAUUGAGUUCAGUUCUCAUCUCAAACUCCUCAAGUCUGACAGAACUAAACCUGAGUGGAAAUAAACUGCAGGAUUCAGGAGUGAAGAUUCUCUCUGAUGGACUGAAGAAUACAAACUGUAAACUUAAGAUAUUAAAUCUGUGGUCCUGCAGUAUUGGAGAUGAAGGUUUUGCUGCUUUGGCCUCAGCUCUGAGAUCAAAUACAUCACACCUGACUGAACUCAAUCUGAGUUAUAAUAAUCUAGGAGAUUUAGGAGUGAAGCUGAUCUCUGAUCUACUGAAGGAUCCACACUGUAAACUACACAAACUUCACCUAAGGUUCUGUAAUCUGACAGAGAAAAGUUGUUCAUCAUUGAGUUCAGUUCUCAGCUCAAACUCCUCAAGUCUGACAGAACUAAAGCUGAGUGAAAAUAAACUACAGGAUUCAGGAGUGAAGCUUCUCUCUGAUGGACUGAAGAAUACAAACCGUAAACUGAAGAUAUUACAUCUGAGGUUCUGUAAUUUGUCAGAGAAAAGUUGUUCAUCAUUAAGUUCAGUUCUCAGCUCAAACUCCUCAACACUGACAGAACUAAACCUGAGUCGCAAUGAACUGCAGGAUUCAGGAGUGAAGCUUCUCUCUGAUGGACUAAAGAAUACAAACUGUAAACUCAAGAUAUUAAAUCUAAGUGACUGUUAUCUGACAGAGAAAAGUUGUUCAUCACUGAGUUCAGUUCUCAGCUCAAAUUCCUCAAGUCUGACAGAACUGAACCUGAGUUACAAUUAUCUGCAGGAUUCAGGAGUGAAGCUUCUCUCUGAUGGACUGAUGAAUACAAACUGUAAACUCAAGAUAUUAAAUCUGGAGCACUGCAGUAUUGGAGAUAAAGGUUUUGUUGCUUUGGCUUCAGCUCUGAGAUCAAACCCAUCACACCUGACUGAACUCAAUCUGAAGUUUAAUAAUCCAGGACCUUCAGGAGUGAAGAUGAUCUUUGAUCUACUGAAUGAUCCACACUGUAAACUACACAAACUAGAUAUUAAGUCUCGACUGUUUUAGUUUCCUACCAGAGCAUACAUAUAUGACAGAUCAAACAACAGAUUUCAGUCAUAAAGUAGAAGAUCUACUUACUGCCUCCUACUGGACAAACUGCAGCCAGACAUCAGACCUCAACAUGAGAGAAGUCUGUUAUGGUGUUGUCAUAUGACAAGUUUUCAGCAGUGCCAACAGUGGUGGCUGGUUCUAAAAUUUUGGGGGGUUCAAAAACAAAAUUAAACUUUUACUGUAGUAAUGCAGGACUGUAAAAAACCAUUUAUCAGGUGACAAUGUAUCAUUACUGCUUAGCUAAAAUGCUGAAAAUGUUACUGUUGAAGUCAACUAAAGCAUAAAAAAUGAACUAUGAAUCUGUAAAUUUAAGUAUAAUGUGGGUUUAUUAUCAGUUAUGAACUAAUCAAGGUAAUAAUUCAAAAACACACAGAAAAAACAGACUUUUUCAAUCUCCAUCGUUUUUUGAUGAACAGCGUUUUAAAGAUUCCAUCAUAGUCAAUUAUUAUCCGUCAUUUAAUGUUUAAAUGACAAUAAUUGUUUUCGUUCACAUGUUCAUUUCUAACCAUGACCUUACAAGAUGAGCAUAUAAGUUAAAAUGUGUUUGAAUGAACGUGCAUCACAUUACGUGUUUAACAUCACAUGACGCAGAUUAAUUAAUGCUUUUAUCUCACAGUGAUAACAUAGGCGAUAAAACACGCAAACUUUGUGCAGACCAGAUAAAUUUGAACAGAUCAAAUCACAAAAUACAAUUGCAAAAUAUCAACAAAUGUGUAAAAAUCUGAAAUGAACUAAACUCAAUGACGCUGUGUAUCUGAAACCAUCUUGUGUAAUAAAUGGAUGAAGACAGAUUAAUGCAGACAUUAUUGUCAUUAGAUUUUGUGAAACAACGUUUUGUUGCUGUUUUACUUUUAUUCUGGGGUCCGUUCUUCGUACGUCACUUAAUACAUCCGAGAUCAAACGAUACAUCUAAAGAUGUUCAGAUCUCACUAAAAGAUCUUGCUUAUUCGGUUCUCUGAACACCCCUACUGUCGAUGAUAAGUAUGGCAGGAUUGAAUUAUCUGUGAGCAUUGAGCGUUCGUGCACUGCAUGAAAAGGCAAUACAUAUCGAUAGUAGAAACACUGAUUGACAACGCUGUGAUUGGCCAGUUGUUACAUUGGUCAAGAACACGCCCAUUUUAACGCCUGCAGUGUGAAAGCUAUUGAUGGAAGGUUAUUGUGAUCUUUUUUAUAAUGCUGUAUUUGUUAACCCAGCUAAAGCUAUUUUUUGUACAUAAAAUCACCCUACAUAAUGUAAAAUAUUAUGUGAAAAUAUAAUCUUGAUAUCUUUUAUAUGCUUGAAAUUAAUAAUUAUAAUUAGU